GUGUCUAAAAUGACGUCAUGUCAGAAAAAUACUCCCGUUGUUUUCUUAUUUUCUAAACAAUCCACCGUUACGUGUCAUGUGAUCGAUAUCCGAUCAGCUGCAUAUCGAUGACGGACUAAUCGACCUCUAAAGAUCGGGCGCGCAGGACUUUUAUUUUGAAGGGCUUCCUGUUUGCUGGGACAGUUACGGUACCGGGUCCGUGUGGACCGACGUCUGGAGACCAGCAGGUAUCGAUAGUGGAUCACUGAUGGAGGAUCGAGUCUCUGGACCCAAACUGGUCCUGGUCUUCACCGGAAAACGGAAGUCCGGGAAGGAUUACGUGACGGACCUGAUCCAGAACCGUUUAGGGACUGAUGUUUGUUGCGUCCUGCGUCUGUCUGGACCUCUGAAGCACCAGUAUGCUCAGGAACACGGUCUGGACCUGGAGCAGCUGCUGGGUCCUGGUCUUUAUAAGGAGCAGUACCGAGCCGACAUGAUUCAAUGGGGAGAAACUCGGCGACGCCAGGACCCCGGAUUCUUCUGUCGCCUAGCAACCAGAGGGGCGUGGCAACCAGUCUGGGUGGUGAGUGACGCUCUCUGCUCUCUGAUUGGUCAGCUGGUGGUGAGUGACGCCCGGCGGCUGUCAGACCUGCAGUGGUUCUGGUCGGAGUUUCCACAACAGACUCAAAGUGUCAGAGUUCAAAGUUCAGAAAAAACACGCAAACAGAGGGGGUGGAGCUUCUCCACAGGUGUGGACGAUGCAGAGUCGGAGUGCGGGUUGGACAGCGGCGUUGAAUUCGAUUGGAUCAUCACUAACGAGGCCGACGCCCCCUCGUUAGAAGAGCAGCUGCAGCCAAUCCUGAAGCUGGCUGAGGUUGUCACCCUGAACACUGAAGGGUUCAGUCUGCAGCAAAGGCUCAUGGGAGAUUCUCACCUCACCCUCUGAUGAGAUUAUUGAUCACUGAAUCAAACUAGAAGAUGUGAUUUGGUUGUCUCCACACGGCUCUCAACAUGGCCGCUAACGGAGUUAUGAACCGUUUAAUACAUGAUUAUAUGUAAUACAAUAAACACGCAGUCAGUUGUGAUCUACAAA